AUGGACCCUCUGACGUGGCUCUCACUGGGGCUGCAGUUGGCAGCCUUGUGCUGCAUAGUUGGGGCGCUGCUGCUGUAUUUGCUUCGGAAGGUGCGCGUGGCGGAGGUGCUGCCGACGGACAGCGCCAAAACCGUCCUGGUGACGUCUGUGGACACCGCGCUUGGCUUACAGAUAGCAACAUAUCUGAGCGAGCGCGGUUGGCGCGUGAUAGCUGGCUGCCGCUCUGGAGGGUUGGGGUCUCGUCUCGCAGAGUCCUGGCUUCAAGCCCACGUCGCGGCCACCCCCGAGGAUCUGCCCCCGCCUAGACUAGCCACACUUGAGCUUGACGUGGCUCGAGAAGACCUAUUAGAGGAGGCUGCACGAGCCACCGCGCAACAUUUACCGGCUGGUGAACAUGGCGUGUGGGCGGUGAUCAACACGGCUGGCAGCAGCGGCCGCGGGGGCGCGUCAUGCUGGGAGGCGACUUUGCGCGCCAACGUGCUCGGCGCGCUGCGCGUCGCGCGCUCCUUCGCGCCGUUGCUCGCCGCCGCCGCCGCCGACCACCCGCACGCCGGCCGACUCUUCUACAUAGGGCUGACGUCCGACACGGCGUGCGAGGGCACCUCACAGGCGGCGGCGGGGGAGUCGCACGAGAGUAGCGCCGCGGCGGCGGCCGUGCGCUGGGGCACGUGGGGCGCGGCUAGGGCGUUGCGCGCAUCACUACGGGGACGGGGCCUGCGGGUGGUGUUGCUCCACGCGCCAGACCUGCCCGCCGCCGACGUAUACGCGCCCCCGGUCCAGCUCACCGCGCCCAGCCAGCCCGCUAGCCGACCGGACACCCCGAGUUCUGACGUCAGCACGUCAACAGCUAGCUGCGCGGUCACAAUGCCCGGGGAGGCAGCGGAGUACAGCGCCAAGGUGCUGCCCACUGCCGCUCUGAAACUACUCGAAGAUGCCCUGACGUCCCCCACUCCUAAGGACGCCUACUACCUGAAGGUGAAACAGGACUCGUGGUUCACCAGGAUGCCCUCCCUCAGGGUUGUACAC